AUGUCCGAAUACGUCAAAGACAAGGUUGUUAUUAUCACAGGUGGUAGCAAUGGAAUCGCGGCUUCGACAGUAUCCCUCUGUUUGGAGAAAGGCGCAAAGGUAGCUUCUCUGGAUAUCGUUGAUGCUGAAGCCACCACAAACGAAUCGCUCCUGAAUAUCCACUGCGAUGUUUCGUCCGAGGAGGCUUGCAAUAAUGCGGUGAAACAAGUCGUGGAGAAAUGGGGCACGGUGGACGUUCUGGUCAAUUGUGCAGCAGUGAUGGAUAACAUGGAGCGGACAUCUGACUGCGCGACAUCUACAUGGAGUAAAGUGAUAGCAGUAAACGUUAACGGGCCAUUCUAUCUCUCAAGAGCUGUGAUACUUCAGUUUCUAACCAAGACCAAUGCACACAAAGGAUCAAUUGUCAACAUUGCCUCCACAGCCGGAAUCAAAGGAGGUGAUGCCGGAGUAGCGUACACGACCUCCAAACACGCAGUCAUUGGUCUCACGAAGACCACGGCAUGGAUGUAUGCCAAAGAUGGUAUCAGAUGCAAUGUCCUCAUCCCAGGGGGUGUCAGAACCAACAUUUUAGAGAAUAGCAAGGCAAAACUGGACCCUAUCGGCUCCCAAAUUCUAGGCCCUAUACAUCAAACGAUGCCGGGGUGGCUGGAACCAAUCGACGUUGCACGAGCAAUCGUGUUUCUGGCUGGAGCGACCGGCGUGAAUGGAGCCCAAUGGACAAUUGAUCAUGGAUGGUCGGUUGCUUAG